AUGGUCGUUGAACUCAGCAAGUUCCCGAUCACUCUAGACUCUGUAAUCAACGUGAUUGUACCGCAGCCAAAAAUCGAGGACCAAGGUGGAAGAGGAAGAGGAGGUGCUGGCGUUCAGGGGAUCAAGUUCAUAGCGGACGACGUCGUGAAGUUCGACGUUCACGUGAACGACGAGGAGGAAGCCCUAAGUCGACCCAAUAAGGCCGAGUACGCUGGGAGCUUGGUGUAUUUGCUGCAUAAGAUCAUCUUCAAAAGAAAGACGGUGACAACGAGCCUCCAACUUGGGAUAAUAGACUUGAAGGAUGACUUGGGUGCUGAUGGUGACGACGAUAUUAAGGUUACCUUGGUCCCAAAGUAUGUCAAACGACCCAUUACUAUCCGUCAGAUAAAGAUCGAGUUUCUGAAGUAG